UUCGGUUUAAACGGCAUUGUUUUGCUCAAAAUAAAAUAAACCCAAGUGGUAGAAAGGUAACUUCUUCUAUAAUGGGAUCCAGCUUUUUUUGCAUAUUUUUGGAACAUUCUCAUCGUUUUAACUCUAAAAGGAAGAUGAAAAUUGUGACUUCCACAAUGUGCCACGUUAUUGGUUCAACAGGGUAUCGAUGCCAUACGUCAACAUUUUUCUUCUUUUUUAGAUAAAAGACACAGCUUUUAUACUCGUUUAGUUUCAUAUCGGUUACUAUUUUUUCCGCGACACACGCGUUAUGCAUCUUACACAGCCGAAUACAUAUCACAUUUUUAGUGCUUCUCAUCUUUGUUUGUCACAUUAUCAUAUAUGCAAAUUAUAGGCUCUAUGCAUGUGGGCAAUUAAUAAUAAAAUUCUUUACAAAAAUUACUAAACUUUAAAUUUUACAUUUAACUAAUUUGUUUGGACUCCGUUUCCAGUUUAAUCGGCUAUAUAACUCUGAAUUAUGUUUUUUUUCUAUGGUUAAUAUAAAUAUUUUUAUCAAGGUGUUGGUGACGUUGUAGUAACACUAGUUAAAGAGAUGGUUAUUUGUGUGUUUGGAUUCAAACCAUUUUUAUCACGGAAAUUUAUUUAUUUUAAUCAGAAUAUCUAAUUUUGGGGGUAUAAGAGAGAUUAUGGACUUAAAAACUUAAGAAAAUAUAAGUAUUUUGGUCAAACAAUUUUUUUUGAUGUAGUUGUGGAACAAUGCAAAAAGAAGAAAAUGAUAACUGACACAAUAUGUUAAAAAAAAAAAGAUAACUGACACAAUAACCAAACAGAAUAUUGGUAGUUAAAACCAAUAAACCAUUAUACACUAAUACUAUACAAACUCUAAAGCUUAAGAUUUUUUUUUAACGAACACAUAAGGAUGCAUUUUAUUUAGUUCCGAAAACAUAUUUUACCUACAAGUAUAAAAAGAUUUAUUUUGUUCAAAACCAAAUAAACAAAAUAUAUAAAAACAGUGAAGAUCAUCUCAUUGGAGGACCCCACAGUACAUGGUUCCAUUAAUGGAAUAACCUCUGUAUAUAAAGCGCCUCUUCACUCUGCUCUCUUCAUGUCUCACUCAUCCAUCUAACCACAAAACAUCACCACCAUCAUCUUCCUCUCUUUAAUACAACACUACCUAACACACAUUUGAAUUUCCACUCAGAGAUUAAUUUCUCAAAUCAUCAGGAAAGCCAGGGAUUAGUAUUGAGAAAGAGGUUCUGAUCCUAUUUGAGACGAUGGCUUGUGGCUUAAGCAAGAGCCUUGGCUUCUCUUCCUCGUUGAAGAAGCAGCAAGAAGGCAUAGUGACCAUCCUUGGUGGCAUUUCGUCGAACACUUCAUCUGCACCUUCGCUCAGGCGGACUUUCUCCGCUGAUUUGUCCUCCAAGAACUGGCUCUCUCGCAACGAGUCUUCUCCUAUGAAGAAGCUCCAUGCCUCCUCCGUCGCUGACGAAGAGGAAGGAUCAAGAUCUGGGUUCGACAUUUGGGCUCAGAUUCAAGAAGUCAAGAAUCAGACCAAGGAGGAGAUCGAGCCGGACCAAACCGAUGUAUGGAGCUCGAUCUUAUCCGACAAGAAGAAGGCGGAGUCGAGCGACGACGCGGUUCCUCCGCCGUACGUUCAUCCUCUGGUGAAACGCGCCAGCUCCUUGAGCGAGAAAAGCCUCGAGAUUUGCACUGAGAGUCUCGGAUCCGAGACGGGUUGCGAAGGGUUCGCUUCGUAUGCAGAUGCUGAGAUCGAAAAAGAGGAGGCGGAUCUAACUCUCAACGUUACAGUGACUAAGGAGGAAGAAGAAGCAAUCACGGUUCCAAAUCACACACCAUGCAUGGAGCUGCCACGAGGUUCGUUUCCUCCUCCGAUUCGUUCUCUCUCGAGCCAAUCGGGUUUGGCUCUCCACAUGAAAACUCGCCGUGACAAUGGCCGAUUGGUUCUCGAGGCUGUCUCGAUGCCGUCGCACAACAACUUCUCCGCCAAGCGUCAAGACGGACGCCUCCUCCUAACUUUUGCGGGAAUCAGCGACGAACCCGAUUGUGAAAUUGACAUCGUUAGCGACGAAGAAGACGAAACCGAUGAGCUUCAGUGGUCCGACGAAGAAGAAGAAGUCGAGGAGGAGGAGGAGGUAGAAGACGAGUUUGCGUACAAGCCCAGUGAGCUUAUGUAUAAGCUGGCACCAAAGCCCAUUGGGCCUAUAACUGUUCAUAGGUUGGCCCAUAAGCCUAUUGGUGUACCGAAAACAAACUCGAGAUGGGAUGAGUUAGAAACCAAAACGGAUCUGUCGACGCCGGUAGUCCACUCUCUGCCACCAAGGCCAAGGGUGGCUCAGCUCGCUCGGUUAGUGAAGCCACAGUCUACCGUGGACGACACCGUGGGAGCGGCUUGCUUCAACACAUGUGACUACUCUUGGAAGCUCAAUAACACUGAAACUUUGGGCCGCAACACAAAAACCCAAAACUAUAUCAACAAAUCAAUCGGUGUAGGAAAUGACGGUUGGGUAAAUGGUUGCAAGGAACGUAGGAGGUCUCUCUUGUCCGUGGAGCCUUUCUGCAUUGCCACUUCAUAAAUUUAAGACGCUACCCAAAGAGUAAUUUAUAAGAAGCAUAAGCAUUAUAAUAUACCUAUCUAUUAUGUAUAUAUAUGCGAGUAUGUAUACUCGAAUAUAUAUGCAUAUUAACCCAAAUAAUUGUCGUUGUUGCUGUUGGUUUUUCUAAAGAAAGUGAGAGAGUGAAGAUUAUUAGAAAGCAAAUUUAUUGUUUCUAAAUGAGGUUAAUGACCUCGUUGGAGAAAGAAAUAUUUAUGAAGAGUGUUAUGUUUUGUACAAAGCUUUUGUUGUUCCAUAUUGCUAGCAAAUAUAAGAUAAAAACUUGUUUUAUUCA